AUGUCCUUGCCGGAGACGUUCACCGUGAAGGUCGGGGAGGCGACGCCGGCCACCGGCCGCAGGCCGUCGGCCGGGCCCGUCUACCGGAGCAUCUACGCCAAGGACGGCCUCAUGGAGCUCCCGCAGGACAUCCAGUCCCCCUGGGACUUCUUCAGUGGAGCAGUCAAGAAGUACCCCACGAACAGGAUGCUCGGCCGACGGCAAGUUACAGAUGGCAAGGCCGGUGAGUAUGUGUGGCAAACGUACGAGGAAGUGUACCAGAAGGUCAUGAGGAUUGGAUCAGCCAUCAGAAGCUUGGGCGUAGAGCCGGGAGCUCACUGUGGCAUAUAUGGAUCCAACUGCCCGGAAUGGGUUAUGGCCAUGCAGGCAUGCAACAGUCAAGGAAUAUGUUAUGUGCCACUAUAUGACACCCUCGGAGCAAAUGCUGUUGAAUUCAUCAUGGACCAUGCUGAGAUAUCCAUUGCAUUUGUCCAGGAGAGCAAGAUCAAAUCUAUACUAGCAGUAGUCCCUAAGUGCACAGCCCAUCUUAGAGCCAUUGUUAGUUUCGGAGAUUUUACAAGUGAGAUGAAAACUGAAGCUAAGAAAUUUGGUGUGUCUUGCUUUUCUUGGGAAGAAUUUUCUUCAAUGGGAAAACAAGACUACAAACUUCCUAAUAAAUGUAAGGAAGAUAUUUGUACGAUCAUGUAUACCAGCGGAACAACUGGAGAUCCCAAAGGUGUGAUAAUCACAAACAGGGCUAUCAUUGCUGGUAUUAUGACCACAGAACACCUCCUCAAAGAGACAGAUAAAGUGUUCACAGAAGAGGAUUCCUAUUUUUCCUAUCUUCCAUUAGCACAUAUAUUUGAUCAAGUAAUUGAGAACUACUGUAUUUCUAAAGGAGCCUCCAUCGGAUUCUGGCAAGGGGACAUUAGGUAUCUAAUGGAGGAUGUACAAGUGAUGAAACCGACAAUAUUUUGUGGUGUUCCUCGUGUUUAUGAUCGUAUAUAUACAGGUAUAAACAUGAAAAUUCAGUCUGGAGGGAUGAUAGCCAAACACCUUUUUCAGUAUGCCUACAACUACAAACUUGCCAAUAUGAGGAAAGGGCUGAAGCAGCAUGAAGCAUCACCAUUUUUCGACAAGAUAGUUUUCAGCAAAAUAAAGGAAGGGCUUGGAGGGCGUAUACGCCUCAUGAUAGCAGGAGCAGCACCUUUGCCAGGGCAAAUCGAAGAGUUCAUGCGGGUAACCAGCUGCAGCAUUGUAGUACAAGGAUAUGGGCUCACUGAGAGUUGUGCAGGAUGCUUCACAUCAAUCGCCAAUGUUUUCUCAAUGAUUGGUACAGUUGGCCCUCCUGUCACAACAAUCGAAGCACGACUGGAGUCUGUCCCUGAAAUGGGCUACGAUGCACUGUCAGACAUGCCCCGGGGUGAGAUCUGCUUGAGGGGCCACACCAUGUUCUCUGGGUACUACAAGCGCCCUGGCCUCACUGAAGAAGUGUUCUCAGAUGGCUGGUUCCAUACAGGUGAUAUUGGGGAGUGGCAACCCAAUGGCACAAUGAAGAUCAUUGAUAGAAAGAAGAAUAUCUUCAAGCUGUCCCAGGGAGAGUAUGUAGCAGUUGAGGUCCUGGAAAGAGCAUACAUGCAGUCCCCCCUUGUGGCAUCGGUCUGGGUCUAUGGGAACAGCUUUGAGUCAUUCCUUGUUGCCGUGGUUGUCCCUGAGACGCAAGCUCUCGAGGAAUGGGCAGCACCCAACAACAAGGCCGGCGAUUUCGCAGAGCUGUGCAUUGAUCCCAAAGCAAGGAGUUACAUUCAGGAUCAGCUGAACCAAACUGGCAAGAAACUUGGGUUGAGAGGCUUUGAGAUGCUGAAAGCAAUUUACCUGGAGCCAGUGCCUUUCAGCAUCGAGAAGGACCUCAUAACUCCAACCUUUAAGCUCAAGAGACCCCAGCUGCUCAAAUAUUACAAGGAUCGCAUCGACCAGAUGUACAAGGAUGCCAAGGAGGGGAGAACUGCACCAUGA